ACAAACCCCUCACACGGAGCGCAGGCAGCAGCAGCAUCUCUCCGUCUCUCCAUCUCUCCGCACAGUGCAGGGUUGCGAUGGCAGCAGCAGUAUCUCAGCUAAACAAACUAGAGAGGAGCCUAUAAAUACACUUGGCAGCGCUGGCCUGGCACACACACGGCUCUGCCCAUCUAUGUAAGCUCCAGCCCUGCUGCCUGUCUCUCGACUCACUUCUGUGUAUUCUUGCACGGUUUGCCUCUCUCUGUGUGGGCUGCAGCGGGGUCUGCCUGUCCCUGGGCGCUGGAUGCAGCUCCUGGCUGUGCGUGUGGGAGAGAGCCGGGCUCACACAGCUGCCUCCUCUCCAUGCAGCCGCUCCAUUGGCUGCCCCCUCCGCUCUAUUCACUGAGGGUCUCUGAUCUGCUCUCCGUCUCCCUGCCAUUCCCCCUCCUGGCUGCCCUGUCCGCCUGUGCCUCCCCGACAUGCUGAAAGUCACUCUGCCCUCCUCGUCUUCGUCGUCUUCUUCCUCCUCCACAGCAUCCUCCUCUACCUCCUCCUCCUCCUCUUCCUCCAGGUCUGGCAGCGCUGCUCCCGAAUACUGGAUCGAUGGCUCCAAUAAAGACACCUUGGCCCAUUACUACGAGCUGGAGUCCGAGCUGGGACGGGGUGCUACGUCGGUUGUAUACAGAUGCAGACAGAAAGGAACCCAGAGACCUUAUGCUGUCAAAAUGUUAAAGAAAACUGUAGACAAGAAAAUUGUCCGAACAGAAAUCGGCGUACUGCUCCGUCUUUCACACCCAAACAUAAUCAAAUUAAAGGAGAUAUUUGAAACCCCUACAGAGAUUAGCCUUGUUCUUGAGCUGGUGACAGGAGGAGAGUUAUUUGACAGGAUUGUAGAAAAGGGGUACUAUAGUGAGCGGGAUGCUGCAGAUGCUGUCAAGCAAAUCCUAGAGGCAGUUGCUUAUUUACAUGAAAAUGGAAUUGUACAUAGAGACCUCAAGCCAGAGAAUCUACUUUAUGCCACUCCAGCACCAGAUGCACCACUCAAAAUAGCUGAUUUUGGUUUGUCUAAAAUUGUGGAUGAUCAAGUAACAAUGAAGACAGUGUGCGGCACUCCAGGGUACUGCGCACCUGAAAUUCUAAGGGGAUGUGCCUAUGGGCCAGAAGUGGACAUGUGGUCUGUAGGAAUCAUUACCUAUAUACUACUUUGUGGUUUCGAGCCUUUCUAUGAUGAGCGAGGAGACCAGUACAUGUUCAAGAGAAUUCUUAACUGUGAUUAUGACUUUGUCUCCCCCUGGUGGGAUGAUGUGUCUUUAAAUGCCAAGGACUUGGUUAAGAAAUUAAUUGUAUUUGAUCCAAAAAAGCGUCUUACCACACAGCAAGCGUUACAGCACCCCUGGGUGACAGGAAAAGCAGCUAACUUUGCCCACAUGGACAAUGCUCAAAAGAAGCUUCAAGAAUUCAAUGCCCGGCGCAAACUGAAAGCAGCUGUAAAAGCUGUGGUAGCUUCAUCUCGCUUGGGGAGUGCUGGAAGUCACAGCAGCCAUGACAGCAAUAAGCCAAGUAGAAAUCCAUCUCCAGUGCAAGAGAGCGUUUGUGAAGAAACCCCAACUCAGGAAACUAAACAGGUGGAGGAAGGAGGGUCUUGAGUCAACAGUCUCCAUGUUUUGGUCCUCGUAUCUGCCAUUUCAUGCACAGUCAACAUCAUCCUUUCUAUUAGCAAGAAAGAUUCCUUAGCAUGGCCUCCAGGCAGUUCUCUUUGAGAGAUGCAAUGAAAUGUGCAAGUUGAUAAUCUUCUGUAAAUGCAUGUGACUGCUUAUAAAAUAGUGCAAGACUGACUUGAGAUAUGGAGGUGUUUAUCUCAUACUAUACCGGCGCGUGAACUUUAACAAGCAACACAAUUUCCUUAAUAUAACCUUGAUAUGCAUAGGAUCUACACAGUAGGAAAUGUAUGGUGUGUGUAGUGUUUCAUUUUACAUUUUUUAUAAAGGUAUUGGACUUUCUAGAGGUUACGCUACUAGUUUCAUUUGACAAUAUUAUCAUGUCCUUGGAGUAAAUAUGAAAUAGGAACAAUAACCUUUUAGUUAUAUAUAAAAAAAAAAACCUGUUUACAAUAAAAAAAAGUAUACUCAUUUAUGCAAAAAAAUAAAAUAAAAAACAGAAAAACAUUCCACGGAAACACACAACUAGGCUUCAGUGGUUGUAAAGCUCAGUGUUACCAUAGCUUGUAUUAAGAAUGCCUUACUAUAAUAACACUUUGUAUACAGUAUUUUAUUAACCAAAAAAAGCACUUUUCAUAGAUUUUAUGUUACUGCGAUGUUUAGAAUUGCAAAUGUAUAACAAGUUAAAUGAAAGUACAUCAUAAUUUGUUAUUUCAGCCUUGUUUGCUAUUUAAACUCCAGCACAGAUUUGGUGUGUUUAUCUACAUGAAAUCUGGAACAAAUUAGUGCCAAUAUACUACUUUCCAGAUUUAUUUCUAGAGGCAUUUUGUCUCCAGGCCUGAGGUCCAAGCAGGGUGCUAUGGUCCUGCUGAGCAGCAGUUGUAGGUAGGAGGUGUUUGGGAAAGGUCUUCUGCACAUCACAAAUGUAGGUUUUGAUUGCCAGCAGUGCAGAAGGCACCUUUGUUAGCACAGAAGAGGAAUAGUUGCUGAGGGAUAGCAGAUAUAGGACCAAAUUCAAUUUGAUGAAAAAAAAAACAUAUCUCCUAAUUGAAUGAUAGGUUUUUAUCAUAGACUUUAAUUGCGUUUUCACAUGAUAAAACCUGGGAUAAAUGUUCCCCAUCAACUUGAAUCUGACCCAAAUGGACCAAAUUUAGUACUAUGAGCAAAUGUUAUUUUAUGGUUUCUCAGGUGAAAAUUUUAUGGGCAUGAUUCAUUUUGAGGAGAAAAAAACUUCUUUGCCAAUUCAGUUGCAGUUUUCCAGUGGACUUUAGUAGUGAUAAAUAGUGGGGUAAGUUUUUAAAAUUGAAUCUAAAUUGCAUCUAUGGCAAAAUUUGGACUUGAAUUAGGAGAUAAGCUUUUCUUAUUAAAUCUGGCCCAAUACUGGUGUAAUAAAGAUUAAAUGAGUAACGUUAUAAAUGCAUUCACUUAUAUACAACUUGGUUUAGUAUCUUAUUUUAAUUAGAAGAGUAGCACAAUUCUGGUAAAGCUGAUGUUAGUAUGUUCAUAUACAUUAACAGAUGAGAACCCAGAAGCACAGGGCACCCUAUGGUAUGUGCAUUAUACCUUUGUUACCUACAGUCACAUGAUACUUGCCAAGAUGAGUAUAUGUCAUCGGGUGCUCCUCCAAACACCUAUAAAUACUCAUACCUAGAGUAUAGCUGCCCUACUGCCAAAUAACUCUCUAUGACUGCAUCACAUGCAAGGCACUGUCACAUCACUUAAAGUAACCAAGUAAAGGUGUGGAUGAAACAAAUGAAAUAAUAUAUUUAAUAUAACCUUUUCCAUGUUUAAUACGUCUUUAGAAUGUGCUGGAUUGUAUAGCAACAAUGUCUGAUGGGAAAAGUCUUGUUUCACUCUAUGGCCAUAAAUAUCUGACAAAAAAACUGAAUGUAUUAGAUUUGAUGUCAAAAUUUGCUAUGAGAAUGUAUGGCAAUAAUACAACAUACAAGCACUCCAAUGGCAAAAGCUUUCUUCCUCAAGUGAACAUGGGUGUCUUAUGGAUAUCUACCAAGGGUACAUUACAGAUCUCUUCUUCCAUGCUUCUAAUGAAUAUGGUGUUAGUUGUAUAAUCCCAGUUCAGUGGAGGGCUCAUGUGGUUCCACUUUAUCACUUUCACUUUCUGUACUCUGGAACAAGGGGCUAAAUCAUUUAAUCAUAGGGAACUUUAAGGGAGUGCUUACUUAAUAUCAGGGCACCCCUUCCUUCCACCUCCCAGGCUUUUAAAUAGGGGCAUUAAAUACAGCUUUAGGGUACAAAACAAUGGUGUCCGCUUCCCGUAUAGCCACCUAAUUGGACUGGGGUACUAUUCUUUCCAUAAACUUGAACCUAUUGCCAGUUGUGCUAAGCCGAGUUACUUAUGGCUACAGGCAACACAAACAUUCAGAUGUAAGGGUAAUAGGGAUUCACUGAGUAGUCGGCUGAUGAGGAGAUACAUUAACUUUUUAUAGUCUCAGACAAAGAGGAAAAUACUAUUAUAUAAUUAUUAUACUGUAAGAUCAGAUUUCCACCGAGUGUCAGAGCCAAUAAUGUUUGCAUUCUGAGUGCAAGUGCCAUACAUUUGUUCAAUCAGUGCCAUAUGAAAGGAUAAAACUGGUUUAGAUUGUCAGGUGGCAUUCCUUAAAUACACCUUUGCCCAUUAAAACCCACAUAUGCUGAAUGGAAGGAGGAGGAAUCUUUAGGCAAUGUAUAAACUAAACAACAAUAAUUGCAUCCCCCUAAAAUUGGCAUUAUUGGUAUUUUCUAAUUGUUGUAUUGAAAUUGUUUUGCCUAUAAAAGAUUAAAGCAGAAAUCCAGACACCGCUUUAA